AUGGCGUCUAUCGACCUCUCGGGGCCUGCGCUGGCGCCCCCAGCAGGAGUCACUCCGAACUUCGAUAACCCGCCAAACAGCGAUGGCACGGCGCAGGUUGCUCUGAUACUCAUGAUGAUCAUCUCGACUCUCUGUAUCAUACUCCAGGGCUACAGCAAUGUCUACUUGACAAGAAAGUUGCAUACCGAGGACGUUCUGAUCCUCCUGGUCUAUGGGAAUUAUUGGGGUUGCGCUUGGGCCUCUUACUCUCUCGUCUACUCGCCCGGCUACUACGUUCACAAUUGGGAUCUGGUCCUGGGGAAUACGAUUCUACGAUACUACUAUGUCUUCGUCUUCGGCGUCUUCUACUCCGUCGUCCUUGCCCUGGUCAAGAUUGCCAUCUUAUUAGGCUGGUGCCGUAUAUUCGUGCCCGACGGCACGCGAGGCUACUUCUGGUGGGGGUCGAUGGCCAUUGUCGGGCUCCAGGGCGCUUUUGGCAUCGCCGCCAUCUUCCUCCUGAACUUCCAAUGCACUCCGCACCAGGCGAUCUGGGAUUUCACUAUCGCGGAUAAGACGUGCAUCCCUCUGAACACGCUCCAGCUCCUGUCGGCUUCGAUACACUUGUUCUCUGAUGUGGCCAUCUUCAUUUUGCCACAGAAGAUCAUCUGGGAGCUGAGGAUGUCGAUACAGAAGAGGUUAGGUGUGGCGAUUGUGUUUAGUCUCGGUGCACUCGCCGUCAUCUGCUCGAUCUUCCGACUAACAGCCACGAUCAACUUCGGCAACACCGACGACACGUUUUACGCGAUCGGCCCCGUCGUUCUCUGGGCCACCGGCGAGAUGACCUGCGGGUUCUUCGUGGUCUGCAUGCCGUCACUGCCGCGGGCGCUGAAGGAAACCACAUGGAUCGGCAAGCUCAAGCGCGCCCUGGGGCUCUCGUCGUCGGGGACGACCGGCCACGUCACCCGUUCGCACCGCAAGAAUCCGCUCGGCUCAUCGUCUCAGGACGCCUGGCUCCAGAUCGACGAGGACGGCAUACCCCUGGAUCGCGUGGGGGCGUCGGAAUCGACCGAGCGCUUGCGGAAGGAUGGUGGCAAGGAGCCUCGGAUUACGAAGACGACGCAGAUCACCGUUUCUCGAGACGAUAUCCGGGGCAACGAGCGGACUGAGGAUAGGACUCCUUGGGUCAGGGAAAGAUAG